CGAAAUCGAGGAGUCUUAUUCGGGAUCCUACUAUAAUAAUGAAUGGAGACUCGUAGUAGGCCUACACUGUAAAGUUUUGUAUCAAAGUAGUUUGAAGUUCGCCUCAAUCAGUUGGAUUUACAGAAAGAAAUGGAUUGGCUGCGCAGCUCCGACUCAAUACUUAUGGAGAAGAAACAGAUCGAUACUUCAUAGCUUUUGGACUGAUACAGUUUGUUUCAAUGGCGUGCAACAGAUGCAAAAUUCAACAGUUGAUCAAUUAAUGCAAGAUACAGCGCGAGUGUUAGGCAGUGUGUGGUUUUGCAGUAGCUGAGUUUGCUAUUUGUCAUGUGAAUUGACAACAUCUGGAAUGUAACAUUUAUCGUUACGCGUGUUGAGAGCAAUCCAAAAAGAAGAAACAUUGAAUUAUUUCUCUUGGACUGAGCUGUCAUUUUGCUUAACCAUGGGGAAUAUUGAGAGUGUUGAUGGACAGUCUGAAAUGAAGCAUCACAUAAUGCCACUGAAAGUCCCCAUGCCCGAUCCAAUGGAGCUAGAGGAGAGAUUUGCAUUAGUUUUGAAUUCUAUGAACUUACCUCCCGACAAAGCACGGCUCCUGAGACUGUACGACAAUGAGAAGAAGUGGGAUCUCAUCUGUGACCAAGAGCGCUUUCAGGUGAAGAACCCACCACACACAUACAUCCAGAAGCUGCGGGGGUUUCUAGACCCUGGAGUCACACGCAAGAAAUUCCGCAGGCGGGUUCAGGAAUCCACCAAGGUCCUGAGGGAGCUGGAGAUAUCACUGAGGACCAACCAUAUAGGGUGGGUGAGAGAGUUCCUCAACGAUGAGAACCGGGGCCUGGACAUCCUGGUGCAGUACCUAUCCUUUGCACAGUGUGCUGUCAUGCUGGACUUUGAGGUGCUGGAGAGCGGCGAGGACGGCACCCUGGACAAGGGCAGGUCCUGGAGCAGGUCCAUCGAGGAUCUGCACCAGAGCGGCACGCAGCCCUUCUGCAACACGCUGGUGCGCUCGGCACGCCAGUCCGUCCUGCGUUAUGGCACAGCCACCAACAGCAAAACCAUCAAGAACUCCCGGCUAGUGAGCCAGAAGGACGACGUGCACGUCUGCAUCAUGUGCUUACGAGCCAUCAUGAACUACCAGUAUGGCUUCAACCUGGUUAUGUCCCACCCCCAUGCAGUCAAUGAGAUUGCACUGAGUAUGAACAAUAAGAACUCCAGAACAAAGGCCCUGGUGCUGGAGCUGCUGGCUGCUGUGUGUUUGGUGCGAGGGGGGCAUGAGAUCAUCCUGUCAGCCUUCGACAACUUCAAAGAGGUGUGCAAAGAGACGCAUCGCUUUGAGAAGCUCAUGGAGUACUUCCGCAGUGAGGAGGGCAACAUUGACUUCAUGGUGGCCUGCAUGCAGUUCAUCAACAUCGUGGUCCACUCGGUGGAGGACAUGAACUUCCGGGUUCACCUGCAGUAUGAGUUCACCAAGCUGGGCCUGGACGACUAUCUGGAGAAAUCGAAGCACACAGAGAGUGACAAGUUGUCGGUGCAGAUCCAGGCGUAUCUGGACAAUGUGUUUGACGUGGGCGGACUGCUGGAGGAUGCGGAGACGAAGAAUGUGGCCCUGGAGAAAGUGGAGGAACUGGAGGACCAUCUGUCCCAUGUGACGGAAAAGCUGCUGGAGGUGGAGAAUGAGACCAUCAUGAAAGUGGCCGAGUUGGAGAAAACACUCCUGCAGAAGGACAAGGAUCUCCUAGCCAUACGGGAGACGUACGAGUCGGCCAGCACCCAGGUGCACACGCUGCGGCGCAUGAUGAAGGAGAAGGAGGUGGCCUUCCAGCGGCAGGCCAACAUCGAGAAGCGCCUGCUGGAGCUGGAGCAGCAGGGCACCAUCCGCCUGCGCAAGAAGCCCGACGGCGACAUCUCCAUCGAGGCCCUGAGCGCUGGGGGCAGCGGGCCGGCCGGCGCGGCAGGGGUCCCCCUCGGCGAGCUCGGAGGCGCCCUCUACGCCGGAUUCCCACCGCCACCGGCGGACGCCCUGAGCGGCAGCUCCAUUCCCCCCAUGGUUGAAGCGGCGCCACCCCCACCGCCACCCCCUCCACCCCCACCACCACCUCCACCACUUCCAGGUCCCAACUGUAUGGUCCCCCCACCCCCUCCUCCUCCUCUGCUCGAUGGUCCAUCUAUGGUUCUCACGACUGGCCUAUCAGCUAUCAGGAUAAAGAAGCCCUGGAAGACCAAGUUCCGCCUUCCUGUCUUCAACUGGACAGCGCUGAAGCCCAAUCAGAUCAAUGGCACCGUUUUCAAUGAGAUUGAUGACGAGCGAGUGCUUGAGGAGCUGGAUCUUGAGAGGUUUGAGGAGCUCUUUAAGACCAAAGCUCAGGGCCCUGUGGUGGACCUGAUCAGCAAUAAGAGCAAGGUCUCUCAGAAGGCCAUCAAUAAAGUCAGCCUGUUGGACGCCAACCGCUCCAAGAACCUGGCCAUCACGCUACGCAAGGCUAACAAGCCCACAGAGGAGAUCUGCAAAGCCAUCCAGAUCUUCGACCUGAAGGCGCUGCCGGUGGACUUUGUGGAGUGUCUGAUGCGCUUCCUGCCCACGGAGUCGGAGGUCAAGGUGCUGCGGCAGUACGAGCGCGAGCGUAGGCCGCUGGACCAGCUUGCUGAGGAGGACCGCUUCAUGCUGCACUUCAGCAAGAUCGAGCGCCUCACCCAGCGGAUGAACAUCAUCACAUUUGUGGGCAACUUCACAGACAACGUCAACAUGCUGAUGCCGCAACUGAAUGCAGUCAUUGCAGCCUCAGCUUCAGUCAAGUCAUCCCCCAAGUUAAAAAGAAUGCUCGAGAUCAUUUUAGCCCUGGGAAACUACAUGAACAGCAGCAAGAGAGGCUGUGUUUAUGGAUUUAAACUCCAGAGUUUGGACUUGCUGCUGGACACUAAGUCUACAGACAGGAAGAUGACUCUCCUUCACUACAUUGCUCUGAUCGUAAAGGAGAAAUACCCUGAUCUGGCUAACUUCUUCAAUGAGCUGCACUUUGUGGACAAAGCUGCUGCCGUAUCCUUGGAGAAUGUCUUGAUAGACGUGAGGGAGCUGGGGAAGGGCAUGGAUCUGAUCAGGAGAGAGUGCAGUCUCCAUGACCACUCCGUGCUCAAAAGUUUCCUGCAGACCAACGAUACUCAGCUGGACAAACUGCAGAAGGACGCCAAGACAGCAGAGGAGGCCUAUAACAACGUGGUGCACUACUUUGGGGAGAGUCCUAAGACGACUCCGCCUUCUGUGUUCUUUCCGGUGUUUGUUCGCUUUCUCAAGGCCUACAAGGACGCGGUGGUGGACAACGAUCAGAAGAAGAAGCAGGAAGAGGCCAUGCGCGAGAAGCUCCUCGCUCAGGAGCAGAAGGAGCAGAACCCCAAGGCCCAGGUUCAGAAGAAGCGGCAGCAGCAGCACGAGCUGAUCGCCGAGCUCCGGCGGCGGCAGGCCAAGGACCACCGGCCCGUCUACGAGGGCAAGGACGGCACCAUCGAGGACAUCAUCACAGUGUUGAAGAGCGUUCCCUUCACCGCGCGCACAGCCAAGCGGGGCUCACGGUUCUUCUGCGAAACCAACCUCUACGACGAGUCCAACUGCUAGCCCCAAACCCCCACUCACCCACAACCCCUAAUGCUAAGAUCUCCGAAGCCAGCCCUUCCUGCGAGCUGACGCGGUGAUCCGGAAUGGGUGGAAGCGACCCUAAACACCCUGUCCCCCUCCUCCUCGUCCUCCUGCUUACACCCCCACCCCUGGGUGCGCUCCCUCAACCCCGUGUGCUCCCCCUCCUGCCCAAUGUUGCCUCUCCCUGCAGAUUACACUGACUAAAAGAAGACAGAAGCAUUGUGAUGGGUUUGUUUUUUAAACAUGUGGGUGGUGCAUUUCUUCAUUCAUUUAUUUAUUUAUGGGAUUAAAUUCCUUAAUGGACACUGUACUGGAGGCUCUCUCCCCCGUCUGCUACAAAAAAACAGGCUUAGACAAGAUGGAGUAUACCAUAGCUGGGCGACCACCUCUGCUCUACAUGCAAACAGAGAAGCACACACUUGGACACACACACACCGAGUGAGAGACACACUCUCACACAAGCUGAAGUGUGUGUUUAGAGUUUGCCAACACAGGAAAGAGGGGUUCUGUGGGAACAGUGUGAAUGAAGUCCAUUUUGUAUCCCGAACGUCCAGAGGAACUGUUGACAAAAUGGCCAGAGACAGACAGUGCGUCGACCCUGAAGUGCCUGCCAGCAAAGAUCCCAUUUCCACUAACAUGGAUUUCCUCAUAUUGUGCAAUCCAAGCAGGACUGUUUCUGUGUAUCGGAGGACAGUAAAGUCAAGGUUCAGAGGCAGAGCAGUGAAACCCCUAUCUGAAGUUGCUGUGGGUUGCCAGGAGAUUGGUCUCCUCUCUCUCUAAGGGACAGCAGCCUAGCAUGGGAAUUGAUUGGUAAUGGCUAAGCUAGUCAAACCAAACCUCUGUUUUGUUACUCAGUUGUCCUUUUAUAGAAGUGCCUUGUUAUUGUGUCAGUAUUAUUUCUUAAAUAUGUUGUUUAAGUCUGGUUACAAAUAUCUGUUUUUUAAAUGUGCUUUGUAUAAUAACAUUGCUUAAAGUGCUGUACAUACAUAUGCAAGUUUUGAAGUUGAGUAGCAGCUUUAAUUAGACAGGAUGUGCAUUCCUACGAUGAAUUUGAAGUCUUAAUUAAGGAGCAUAGCUACGUGCCUAACGAGAGAAAGAAUCAACUCUCACUCUUAUUUUUAUCAAGCGUUAGAUGGUUUCUUGGUAUUUCAUGCCCCCAAUGUUGUCUUCAAGGCAGCGCUGCCUGGAAGGCACUAGGAUUAGGCAUGGGUUAAGGUUAGGGUUGGGGUUAGGUUUAGGAUUAGGUGCCUUUAAGUCAAUGGUGGCAGCGCUGCCUGGAAGACGACGUUGGGGGCAUAAAACACCAUCGAGCCGUUAGAUGGGGGACUGCACAAAAUGUGGGGAAGACUCCUGCACACGUCCCCUGGGAGAUCACCUCCAUGAACAGAGCACAUUCUCAUACCUGAAACUGUGUGCCUUUAUUUGCCUACGACAGCCUUGAGCUACUCUGUAUCCGGUCCUAUACAGACUUCUACAACAGCGUCUCUUAUUCCCCUCAAUAUGAGGUUAACCCUCCAGAACUCCGCAUCGUUCUAUAAACAGAUAAACAGACUUGAGGUGAGCUAAUGAACUGUAGAACUGACUUGUUUGUUUUCGGUCUCCUUUGACAGUUGAGGAUUUACAAAAGGGAUUGCAUGACUUGUUUUUCACCCAUAUGAUAACUUAGGAGUUGAUUACUUUACAUGCCCAUUUUACAGAUAUGUACUGUAUACAGAUAUAUCUGUACCAAGUUAUGAGUUAUAUGUCCAGCCUUCCAUGGCCAAAUGGCUUAGUGAGAGGCUUCGGUGAUGCUCUCCAGAGCUACAUCUAAUUGAGAAUCUCUUAGCGGUCACUGUUCUCCCAUUAGUUGCCUUCAGUCAGGAAGUGGAUGGGAAUCAAAGUUAAUGUGGGGGGGUUGUUCCACAUUUAGGCAAGGUUGAGCCCUCGCUGGAACCAAAGUAAACAUCUCCCCUAGUCAUUUGAAGCUGAAAUUGGGACCUGAAGAUAAAGCAAUUGUUUAAGUCAAAACAACCAUCGACUAAGCAAAAUGAUUGUGAUUGUGUUCACAAUGAGAUUUUGUUUGAAAAGGGACAUCACACUACUUGUAUUGCCUUAAUGUUUUGGACAAACAGAAGUAUAUGCAACACUACCCUGAUGGUGGGGAACUUCUAAACAUAUAUCUUUUUUUUUUCUUGUAAAUUCGUAUGAGAAUUUGGAAAAUCUUUUUUUUUUUUCUCAGAGAUUAAAUUGAGCCUGAUAUGUGAUGCAUGUUAUCUUUGAGAUGACAAUAAAACUCAACCAAACAACAUUACUGUA